AAUUAUAUUUUUUUCUUCAAAUUCGUUCAUCUUGUUCUUUCUCCCAACUUCCCAAUUCUUUCUCCCAACUUCCCAAUCGAAGAAAUCAAUUUGAAACCCUAAAUCCCUAAAUUCCUCCACUGCGAUGUCGCUCUCCUACUCCAACUUCUUCCUCGAUGAUAUCUCUAUACAACGUGGAAACCUCCAACAUCUUAUCCGGAGAUUUGCCGGCGGAAAGCUUCUCUGAUGUCGAUUUGUCUCCGCCGUCGGAGGAAGCGUUCGAGUGGCCGAAAUCUACGGGCUUAAUGUACUUGCAGAAAGUAUCCAGGACGAUUCAGAAAUCAUCAGUCGUUAUCUUGUGCUUGUAAGGGAUCCAAUAAUUCCAACAGCCAAUAAGCCUUUUAAGGUCUUGGGGUUCUGUUUAAGGUUUUGGCCAUAUUUGCAUCGAGGGACAUAAAUUUAUCCAAGGUAUAUCUCAGUUUGUUAGUCUAACUCAAUAGAUGAUGAUUAAAAGACUAUUAACAAUAUGUGCUACGGAAUCAUAUUGAAAGUCGUCCUCAAAGAAAUCAUCCACUAAGAGUUGUCGAUGAUUCCAACACUGGCAUUGCCAAGUGAGUUAUGUUUUUAACAUUACAUUGUGUUUCUAAGAUGCAAGCAUUGAAAUAGUAUAUUUUUUUUAUUCGACAUUGAGUUAGGUACUUUGAUUACCUUUUCUAUAUUGACUUUGAAGCGUCCAUGACUGAGCCUCGGCGCAAACCGAAUUAGAACAUCUGCAGGAAUUUGCCACAUUUCUUAGAGUGCUUGGGACCAAAUUUAGGUUUGUUUAUUCCAUAUGAAAAGAAAAAGACAAUUACACGAGUUCAAGACGCAAGACAGAAUAAUGAAAAGGUCCUUGCUCCAUCAUUCCCGGAUGGUCGUCUUAGAGAACAGUGGUAAUCUUGAAAAAGGCAUUCAAGCUCUUGCUCAGAGUUUUCCUUGGAAGAAUAUGAACAAAGACAUAGAUGUUAUGUCCAAAUCAUAGCAAAAUAUCCAACUGAAUGCUGAUGCUACUGCAUUUUCAGGACUUGGUUCUUCUUUUCUUAACAUCUGAUAAGUACAAAUCAGACUACUUAUGAGAACUUCAUAUAUCGAUAUGAUCGUCGGGAAAACCCGUAUAACAAAGGUGUGUUGAAUAAUUUCCAAGAGAUAUUCUGCAUCAGCAUUACCCCCUCAAAGAACCAUUUCAGGGCAACAGUGCCAAACGAGCCAACAUUACCUGCUCGAUCAGUAGGUGGAGGAUAUAUGAACCAAACUUUGGAGAAUAUCCUGAAAGCUUAAAGUGGUAUGUGCAAGUAGAAUUGGUUCAUUCCCGGUAUGACCAUAUCACACGAUGGUAGCCACAUCGGAUGCCCCUCAAAAGCUAUGAAUGAUAGACAUGGAACUGUGGAUAUACUACACUAAAAUGGUGUAAAGUAUUAAUCAAGCUUCAUGAAUGCUUAAUUCAGAUAUUGCUUUGGUGGGGAAUUUUUGUGGCAUCUACACCUGUACUGAAGGAAGCUGAAUGGCUAGUAAUCAUUGGACCGAUCUUUCUUACACUGUUGCUUCUUUUCAUCAGUGGCAUUCCACUGCUCGAGGAAUCAGCAGAUAAGAAGUUUGGAAACGUGGAGGGGUAUAGGGUAUACAAACAAAAAACCAGCCCUUUAAUCCCACUGCCACCAGGAGUCUAUGGAAAGUUACCUUCAUGGUUCAAAUCAGCUUUUCUCUUUGAAUUUCCACUCUACAGUCGUAAUUUUCCCUCGGAAGAACAAAUUUGGUGACGUCAACAACAUUAGUGUUGGAAGCGGAACCAACAUUCAGGAUAACUCCUUGGUGCACGUUGCUAAGUCAAAUUUAAGUGGGAAGGUGUUGCCUACUAUUAUUGGGGAUAAUGUUACUGUAGGUCAUAGUUCGGUUUUACAUGGUUGCACUGUUGAGGAUGAGGCUUUUGUUGGUAUGGGUUCUACACUACUUGAUGGUGUUGUUGUUGAGAAACAUGCUAUGGUUGCUGCUGGUGCCCUUGUGAAACAGAAUUCAAGGAUUCCAUCUGGAGAGGUUUGGGCAGGAAAUCCAGCAAAAUUCCUGAGGAAGCUUACUGCUGAAGAGAUAUCAUUUAUCUCUCAGUCAGCUCUCAAUUACAGUAACCUUGCACAGGUCCAUGCAUCUGAAAAUGCCAAGCCUUAUGAUGAAAUUGAGUUUGAGAAGGCUCUCCGAAAGAAGUUUGCGCGGAAAGACGAAGAGUAUGACUCAAUGCUGGGCGUUGUUCGUGAAGUCCCACCUGAGCUCAUUCUUCCAGAUAAUGUCCUACCAAAACAAGCAAAGGUUUCUACACAAUGAGAUUUUUAAAGAAAAGCAUCUUCAAUUCCAAUCUUGAAAAAAUGACAUCAAGCAAUAUACUUAUUUUGUUCAAAUUCAUGAAAGGGGGAUUUUUUUUUCCCCAAUAAUAACAAACAUGUCCCGGGCUAGGGUAUGACUCCUUUUCAGAUUAACGAAUCAAUUGUUCCAUAAUGUUUCAAGUUGGUAUCUUCUUUGGAAAAGGAAAGUACCCUUCGUGUAUGUGGAUCUUUUUAGUGUUUGAUGUAUCCAAUGCAUGUGAGUUUCACAUGAAUAUUUGAUUAUUCAAUGAUAUUUAUGUUUGAGACA